UCAUUACUUGCUCAUUGGCUUUUGGCAACGCUGGUUCCCUGCCAUCAGCUGCCCAUGCAGCUUCCCAAUGAAUAUUGUAUGCGCUCUCGGGAUGUGCUUUUGGUGAUGAUGAUUUGAAUUUGCACCUAGUCGGAGUACGAAGGUAUCCAGAAGAGCAAGAGAUGAUGGGGAUGCUCACAGAGAGCGCAGCAGCUCGGUCACAUCUGCCCCCCUCUGAAAUGAGAUAAUACUCAAGUGCAUCUAGAAGAUUGUUCGCUUGCAAAAGGGGAAGAUGUUUUGCGCUAAACUGAAAGAACUGAAGAUAUCCGGAGAAUGCCCGUUCUCCGGCAGCGCCAAAAGCGACGAGCUCGGAGACUUUGAGGAGCGCUCACUUGACGCUGCGGAUUUAUCGCCUAUUUCUAAGGACGUGCAUGGAAAAAUAAGCCAGGCUGUACCUCGACAGAAAACAAGCAGAGCCAAAGUUAACCUGCACACACUUGGAGACAGCAUCCGAAAAUUGGCAUGUCCAGAGUUUCAAAGGCUGCACACUGCUCUCCAAAGAAUGAUGACACUAGCAGAUCACAGCAGGGACUCUGGGAGUCCAGCCGCUUGCUGUUCUCACUACCAGAACUGCAGUGAUGAACUGGAGCAUUUGCUUGAGAUGAUGAACAGUUAUUCGACCAAAACAGCAAUCCCAAUGGAAGGUUUGGAAAUUGCUCUCGGCGAGGAGAUCUUCAAUAUGUGCUAUGAGGAGGACAAGCACAUUCUAAGAGUGGUGGGGGGUGCUCUGCACGACUUCCUCAACAGCUUCAACGUCUUGUUGAAACAGAGCAGCGUGCCGCCCAACCCGGACAGAGACGAUUGUGUAAACGAACCAUCGGUGCUGUGCUUAGACAAGGAUCCGGACCUGCUUACUGUCUAUUUCUUUAACCCCCGCCCCUGCACUGAGCUUUUUUUCCCUGGUGUCAUCAAAGCUGCCGCACGCCUGCUGUAUAACACUACUGUGGAUGUUUUGAAGGAUCCCCCCAAUGCUAAAGACACCAUCCUGCAGUCCAGCCCUCAGCCCAGUCUCCUGUACACAGUUAUAGUAAAGGAUGCUAAAACUCUCAGCCCCAGUCCACUCCGGGCUACCUCAGCGGGGACCCUCCCUACUUCCUUGUUCUCCACUAUAUUCCCUUUUCACCUGAUACUUGACCAAGACAUGGUUCUGGUCCAAAUAGGACAUGGGCUCAGAAAGAGACUGUUUAGGAAGGAUGGACAGAGACGGUCUUCGACCUUCCAAGAAUACUUCUCCAUUGUCUCUCCACAGAUCAAAUGCACCUUCCAGGGUAUUCUGACCAUGCUAAAUGCACAAUUUAUCAUUCGGAUCAAGCAUGGAGUUUCUACUGCAGACAACACAGGGAAGCUCAUGGACCUUAAAGGUCAGAUGAUUUACGUCUCAGAGUCAAAUGCCAUCUUGUUCUUGGGUUCACCGUGUGUAGACAAGCUGGAGGAGCUAACGGGCUGUGGCCUUUAUCUGUCGGACAUUCCUAUCCAUAACGCACUUCGGGACGUGGUCCUGGUUGGUGAGCAGGCCAAAGCCCAGGACGGUUUGAAGAAGAGGCUGGGGAAAGCCAAGGCGGCCCUGGAGCACGCUCACCAAGCCCUGGAGGAGGAGAAAAAGAAGACGGUGGACCUCCUCUACUGCAUCUUCCCUGGAAAAGUGGCACAGCAGCUGUGGCAGGGUGAAACAGUUCAGGCCAAGAAGUUUGAUCAAGUUACAAUGCUGUUCUCUGACAUAGUGGGCUUCACGGCUGUUUGUGCAGUCUGUACACCGAUGCAAGUGAUCACCAUGCUCAAUGAGCUGUACACCAGGUUUGACCAUCAGUGUGGAGAGCUGGAUGUGUAUAAGGUGGAGACCAUUGGUGAUGCCUAUUGUGUGGCUGGUGGCUUACAUAAGGAGAGUGAGACUCAUGCAGUCCAGAUUGCACUCAUGGCUCUGAAUAUGAUGGAGCUGUCAGACGAAGUCAUGACGCCAACAGGAGAACCGAUACAGAUGCGAAUUGGUCUCCACAGUGGGUCAGUGUUGGCAGGUGUAGUUGGAGUGAAAAUGCCCCGCUACUGCCUUUUUGGGAACAAUGUUACAUUGGCAAACAAGUUUGAGUCAUGCAGCCAGCCGAGAAAAAUCAACGUCAGCCCUACAACGCACAGAUCGCUGAGAGGUCGCCCAGAGUUUGCCUUUGUUCCCAGGAGCAGACAGGAGCUUCCGGCCAACUUCCCAGAAGACAUCCCUGGUGUUUGUUACUUUCUGGAGGCAGCCUUCAAAGUUUCAAAACCCACGACAAACUGAAGCCAAACUUCUACAAGUCCAAAAAUAUUAGAUAAGGUUACAUGAAGAAAAUAGUUGUAUUGUAUAAUUUAUUCCGAGUCUUUCAUUGUUUUCAAGUGAAACUAUGAUAGCAGCUGUUUAAGUAGUAGAAAUGUCAGCUUAUUGUCAAACAUGUCCUUUCUGUACUAUUAUCAGUUUGUGCAAUUGAUGUGGAGAUAAAUCCGUUUCAUCUUUCUUCCACGAUGAGUCAUCGCUGCAUUUUGAGAUCUUUGGAAAAAUUGUGCUUACAUCAGAUAUGCUGACAGUCAAAACAAGACUUAGGGACUGUUUUGUUCUUUUUUAACACAGGUAAAAACUAAUAAAAGUGGACACUAAAGAAGCACAAAAAUACACACACUACUAACUUAAAAAUAUGUUUAUGAUGUAGCUACAGACUAAGAAUGGUCAAAGAUCUAAUUUGUUUUUGUGGCACUUUGUUUUUUUAAAGUGCUUUACAAUCACAUAUGAAUUAAUGGUGUGGUUAUUUGUAUUCAGUGUUCAGAAUUGUUUAGUCCCAUGUUGGAAAGUGCAGUGGAACCCUUUCUGAACUUACAAUUACAACUUAGAAAAUAUCUUUCUUCAAAACACAGUCAAAGUUGCAAAAACAAUCUAUGAAUUUGCAUUUCUGACAGUAUUGUACAAUUUAUGUUAGUGAGCAGGUUCCUUUAACGUUUGAAUGAAUUGCUAAUCAUGGCAUCAGUACACAUAAUAAUACUUGCACUGGCUUUGUGCCUUUCAAAUAAAACUAAAUGUUAUAUGUGAUUCCUGUAUCCGAGAUCUGACAUCCACGACAAAUUCAGUGCACCAAUUCAAGCUUAUACAUUAAGGUAGGGAUUAUAUAAUUAUGUUAUUUUAAAAAAAAUUUAUUCUACCUGCCAAAGUACAAAGACAAGAUAUUUGACAAGAUUUCUUUCAAAGAUAUCUACCAAAAAAGAUAUUUAAGAUGCAGAAUUCACUUUUAUGAAAUUCUGUUAAUGCAGAACAGAUUAAGGUGCCUUAUUGGAACACGAUAGACAUGUGCCAAGUAGAUGAGGAUUUUUUAAUCACACAUAUAAUCAAUAAAGUUUCUAAUUCACUUUAAAAUAGACUAGAGUGAUAUAUGAAUGACAUUUCUCCCACUAGCAGAAUAAUAGACGUGUUUAUCUAACUGUGUGUGGCUUGUUGACACAAAGCAUUGUCUUCAUAUUAGUUCCCUAAUAAGGUAUGUUUUUUCAUUUGUACUCAUCCUACUGUGCACAUCUGUAACAUAUUUAUUACAUGAGUUGUUAACACACCUUUAAUAUACAGAGGAAAUAUAACACAGGACAAGUUCAAUGAAUGUCUUUCUACCACUCACAGCAAUGUGCUUUAAUUAUUGUUAUAUAUCAAAGUGCAAUAAAUAUUGUCAUGAAA